CGGGGUUUGUUUUUUAAUUUACAGUCUACUAUGGUGUCUGCAAAAUUGAGAGUUGUGUCUGGGGUUUGAGGGUGUUCAUGAUUUUUUAAUUGCCUUUCAGAGCUCACACUUUCAUUUUCUCUUCUUCCCUCUUCUUUCUUUCUUUCUUGCUUUCUUUCUAAGCGCACUGUUCCUAUUCACUUCUAUGUCUUCUAUUCUCUCUCCUCCCCCUUCAUCAUCAUCAACUCCCAAACCCUAAUCAUCUCCUUCAUUUCACUCAUCUUCUUCCAACACUCUCCAUGUUCCCCCACAGGGGAUUGUUGCAGCUGGUCACAACGCUCACUUGUUAUGUGGUUCUGGCAUGUACCUUCUUUUACCCUGACACACAUGGACACUCUAGCAAUGGGAUGCAAAAUCCACCAGCUUCUGAUGCUUAUGCUUCUUUAACAAAAAGUUGCAAAGUGGAUACUUCAGACACCAUUUGUAGUGACUCUAGUUUAGAUAACAGUUUUCGAAAUGUGUGUCCAAACUCCCGCUCAUUCUGCUCUCCUUCAAUGUUAUUGGGGUCCUCUCAUAAAGAGGGAAGUAUAAAAGAGACUUCUUUAGGAGGAUCUGGUAGUGCGUAUGAUAGUCCAUUUUGUAUAGAGGUGGCUCAUGAUAGCAGGCAGGCAAGUAACAGUAGCUGGUCAUCUGACUAUGGUGUGUUUAGGUUAUUUAAUGGAAAGUUUAUUUCUUGUUCUAUGAACUCCAGAGAGGGAGUUAAUGAAAUACCAUCUCUUAAAGCCCAGGAUGGUCAUAGAACUGGCAGAAGCGAUGUUUCUUCUUGUGGAGGCUCUUUAUGUAGGCAGAAGACAACACAUUUUUUGUCAAAGUACUCUGAAAUGUCCAAAUCAAGUUCCUUUGAGGGUUCUGUCUCACCUAAUGUAAGAAUUGGACCCACUGUGCUAGACUGGGGUCAAAAUUAUAUAUAUUCUUCAUCAGAAGCUUUCCUAACACUGGCUAAUACAUGCAAUGAUAGCAUACUACACAUCUAUGAGCCAUUCAGCACUGACCUACAGUUCUACCCUUGCAACUUCAGUGAGGUUUCACUAAGACCCGGUGAAUCAGCAUUGAUUUGUUUUGUUUUCUUCCCUAGAUGUCUAGGUUUGUCAUUAGCUCACCUGAUUUUGCAGACAAGUUCUGGUGGAUUCAUAGUAGAAGCUAAAGGAUAUGCUACUGAAUCUCCCUUUGGCAUUCAGCCCUUAUCUGAUCUGGAAACUUCUCCUGGUGGAGGGUUCAGCAAGAAUUUGUCAUUGUUCAAUCCCUUUGAUGAAACCCUUUAUGUGGAGGAGAUAACUGCUUGGAUAUCAGUUUCUUUGGGGCAUAGUUCUGUUGAAACUGAAGCAAUGUGUAAUGUACAUGAUUUUGAGGCUUUUGAUACUCUUUUGUUCCCAACUAUUAAGGAUCGACUGGGUGUGAAGAAUAGCCAAAUUGGUUCACCAAUGGUUGCAAUCAGGCCCCAUAGGAAUUGGGAAAUCGGUCCGCAUAGCUCUGCAACACUAAUGGAAAUGGAUGUUACCAGUGGGUUUGAGGGGAAAAUCUUGGGUGCAUUUUGUUUGCAUUUACUGAGAUCAUCACAAGUCAAGUCUGAUACUAUUAUAGUUCCUAUUGAAGCUGAAGUGGACAGUAAUGCUGCCUCUGACACUGUAGGUAUAUUUGUUUCAGCUACACUUGAGGUUCUAGCUACUUGUGAUAGUGGUGAUAAUGUCAUCACUAUAUCUCUAAAAAAUUAUGCCCCAUAUGCUUUAAGGUUUAUCAAAGUCCUAGAAGUUGUUGACGAGAAACUUUUCCACGUCAAUUACAUGGAAGGCUUACUGCUCUUCCCUGGGACUGUUACUCAAGUUGGUAUUAUUUACUGUAGUCAGGUGAGCUUAGAUUUAAAUGUCUUGCCUCCUAAAUUCUCCAACUUGCAAGAGAACUGCAAAUUGCUUAUUCUUACAAAUGACUCAACCAGUCCCCUGAUUGAGGUUCCAUGCGAGGACAUACUAUAUCAUUGUUUUGAACAUCAAAGGCUGUCAUAUGUUGGAGUAGAGGACAACUCUAAACUUAUCAAAUCUGAUAAUGCGAAGGCAUAUUAUGUGGGCAGAAGCAUGCAAUUGCCACAAGAUGGGGUUGUGGAAACAGCAGCUGUUCAUGAACUUGUUCUUGGAAACUGGAAGUCUCAAGGAACCACUGGUAGCAUGUCUGUGCUUGAAGAACAUGAGGUGCUAUUUCCGAUGAUUCAGGUUGGAAGUUAUGUCUCUAGGUGGAUAAAUGUUAAGAAUCCUAGCAAACAUCCAGUUUUGAUGCAGCUUGUCUUGAACUCUGGGGAAAGCAUUGAUGAGUGCAGGGUUCUGGAUGAUUUAUUUCACCCCUCUUCAUCUGGUAAUUUGGCUCUAGGUAAAGGUGCUGCUACUCCAACAAAGCAUGGAUUCUCAGUACCAGGGAGUGCAUUGACAGAGGCUUAUGUGCAGCCAUAUGACCGGGCAUCUUUGGGGCCAAUAAUUUUUUAUCCAUCCAAUCGCUGUGCUUGGAGUGGUUCUGCAUUGAUAAGAAACAAUCUUUCAGGUGUUGAGUGGAUAUCUUUAAGGGGAUUUGGAGGUUUGCAUUCUCUAGCCUUGCUAGAGAGAUCUGACCAUGUCCAAAGCAUAGACUUCAAUGUUAAAAUGCUCAAGCCACUCAAUUUAUCACUUCCUUAUAAUUUACUUAACAUGAAAGAGAUGGCUUCUGUCUGUUCAAAGCCUUUAGUGAAAGAGUUAUAUGCAAAGAACACAGGAGACUUGCCAUUGGAGGUGAUAAGAAUCAGGGUUUCUGGCAGAGAAUGUGGGUUGGAUGGUUUUCAUAUUCCUUCUUGUAAGGGGUUUGCUCUUGAACCUGGGGAGUCAACUAAACUUUUGAUAUCAUACCAAACUGAUUUUUCUGCAGAUAUGGUGCAUCGAGAUCUUGAACUUGCCUUGGCUACUGGUAUUUUUCUGAUACCCGUUAAGGCAACUAUCUCUCAUGAUAUGCUUAGUAACUGCAAGAAAUCCAUGUUUUGGAUGCGAGUGAAAAAAUACCUCGGAAUUCUUCUUGUUGCGUCCUUACUUUUACUGAUAUUUUGUUUCCUAUUUCCCCAAACCGCUAUAUUGGACUCCUUGGAUGACUUCUGCAAGGGUGAUGAUAACUUAGUCCAGACAACCAUAAAAAGUGCUAUGGGAACAUCUUUGCUUCAUCAUAACCAGAGAAAGAGUAAGUUAUCCAUGUCUGGGAAGAUGAACCAUCUCGUGGAAGCUUCAUGUGGUGGAUAUUCUUAUGAUCAAGGCAAUCCGUCUGAGCUGGGAAUGUCGCAAAACUUGAUGCAGACAUCUGAAAACAAUAAGAAGACUAGUCGUUUGUUGGAAACUCAAGAUGAAGGUAAAUGGUCAUCCACAACAGUCCAGGGCUCUGACACAAACAAGGCACCUCAACUGGCAUAUCUCAUGGUUAACACUGGUAAAGAAAAGGGUCGAAGAAAGAAGAGGAAGUCUCAUGGUGCCAAAUUACAAGCACUGUCUGAAGUUUCAAGUAGUCAGAGUGGGAACUCUACACCCUCAUCUCCCUUAUCCCCAGUCCCCUCUGCUGCACCUAAAUGUAACUGGCUAUUGUCUUCUAACUUGGUGCAACCCGUUGAGGCUCUUAGUAGUUCAAUGACACAGGUGGCUGCCCAACAUUCUGAAAACAAUCAAGCUUCUUCCCCAUCUUCUAAGCCCGAGGCUCCCCUCAAACACUGCAGCAGUAGUAGGUCUUCUCCUCAUGCGCCACCUUCAGCAUCAAGUUGUGCUGCUACUAGCAUGCAUGUUCAGACAACUUGUGAUGCCACUACUGUUGUUGGUGGGUCGCCUCCGUCCUCCUUGGUGUCAAAUUCUGCUGUUACAUUGCAGUCUCGGGCUCCUGGAUCCAAACGUCACAACCAAAAAGAUGUUCAAGCGCAAGAGGAAGAAGGGCUUGCAGAUGAGUAUAGAUAUGAUAUUUGGGGUGAUCAUUUUUCUGGAUUUCACUUGUUAGGUCCAAAAAAUGUUACUUCCAUGAAGUCCAGUCCUGCAGAAAAUAAUUUUGACAGCUUCUUUGUAAGGGGCCCUCAAACCCUCAUGACAAAUUCUCAAGAAGGCUAGAAAGUUGAAAACCUUUAUUUCACACUUUCUUGCCUAGUCUAUGUUGAAAAAAUGAAUAGAAAUAAAGGAUUUGAUAUA